AUGGCUCCGACAAUGAAGAGCUCAAAGAAGAGCACUUCAAGCAGCUCAAGCUCAAGCUCGAAAAGUUCUUCCUCGAAAACAAGCUUGUCUGCCCCGACAAGGAAGAUGAGCAGUAUGAGCUCGUUUCAACCGACUCUCAACUUCAAACCUUCAUCAUCUUCCUCCUCGUCAUCUUCCAGACCAUCAACCUCCACAUCGUCGAGGAAAGAUGAAGAGGAUCGAAAACUUAUGCCUCCCCCUCCACCUGGUAUCAUGCCCAAAAAUGUCAGUCCACCAAAGAUAUCUAAUAUUCCUGUCAAUGGUAAAGGGAAAAGUAGGGAGGUAAUAGGUAUAGAUGACGACGACGAGGAAGCCAGCAGGUCUGGAUUGAAUCAUGCACAAGAUGACAAAGCUCAAAUGUGGACUGAUCUCUAUAGCCCUGCAAACGAGGCCGAACUAGCACCUGGCAAAGCACGUAUAGCAAAAGUGAAGAACUGGUUACAUGAAUCGUUAUUUGGAUAUGCAUCCGACGUACCUCCUCCACCGAGGAAUGUCAAUACGGACAGAUUGAGGAAAUAUAAGAGGAUAUUAUUCUUGAGCGGUCCAGCGGGAGUAGGGAAGACUACCACGGUCAGAUUACUCUGUCAGAGCUUGGGAGUGGAGAUCAUGGAAUGGGGUGAAAGUGUUGAAGAAUGGAGUCUGGGCGGCGGAAUAGAGAGAGAAUCAUCGAUAUCGAAAUUCAGUUCAUUCAUCUCACGGUCCUCCUAUCCAUCUCUAUCAAUGUCAACUCAGCGUACCUCUUCUCAGCCAACAGCGGUGAAACCACGUUUGAUCCUGUUGACCUCUUUGCCGAACUUGUCGCAUAUACCUACACGAGAAUCCUUUCAUUCUUCAUUAUUGACGUUUUGCCAGGCGUUCAAUAGUCUGAGCUGUCCCAUGGUGAUUAUCCAUAGUGAUGCGGGGUCGGGUGGAAGGGCAGAAGAAAGUUGGAUGGAGAGGGAUCGAGGAGGGAGAGAAGGAUCGUUGGAAGUGCUGGGUAGAGAAGUAAGGGAUGGUCCAUGGUGUCAGGAGAUUGAUUUCUUACCACUGGCACCUACUUUCCUCAACAAAGCUCUUUUGAGAGUAUUACAAACUGCCAUUCCCCGAGCUGUUGACAGACCUUCUCACGCGACUGUACAACUUAUCGCUCUAUCUUCCAACGGUGAUUUACGAUCAGCAAUCAAUUCACUUCAGUUGGUAUGUAGUGGGAAGAAAGACAGUAAGGGAAAAAAGAGGAAAUAUAGAGGUGACGAUGAGGUAGAGGAAGAUGGUGGAUCCAGGAAAAGAGGAUCGGGAAAAGGAAGUAGAGGUGGGAAAGGAGCGAAAUUAGAUGUUAGUAAGGAUCUGAGAGCUGUACUGGAUGCGGUGACGAGGAAAGAACAGUCAUUAAACCUUUUUCAUGCGCUUGGAAAAGUGUUCUACAAUAAACGUCUGGAUGAUCCGAAUAUGGAUGACGAGGAUGAAGAACUGCUGGAACGGAUCCGGAAAUUACCUCCUGAUGAUCUCUUACCCAGCCAUCUGAGGGAGUUCACAAGACGUAAAUCACUUGUCCAAAUAGAGUCAUUCAUUCCAACGAUACCUGUCGAUGCAUCUUCUUUCGCAUUAUGGAUGCACCAAUCAUUCCCUAAUUACUGUAAUGAGAUCGAGCAAGUGUCUGCUGGACUGGACGAACUUUGUUCGGCAGACGUCAUGAGGACGGAUGAUGAUAUCUGGCAAUCUAGUCCCCAAGCUAUUUCUUAUGCCUUACAUCUUUCUGUUCGAGGGGUGUUGAUGUCCUUGCCUAGUCCUGUACCAAGGAAAUCGCAAAAAGUCGUUAAACCUCAAUUUUUCGAAUCUUUCCGAUUGGAACGAGAUAACAUCUCUUCACUGGAUCACGUCGCGGGGUAUAUCACUAAGAAGGGGGUGAUAGCUAGUAAUGCCUUUGCUGAUGGUGGUGCCCACCAUGAUUUGGGUGUAUGGGGAGGGAUGGUGAAUAAACGAGUAUUGGUUGGAGAGAGGGUGCCGAUGAUGGUCAAGAUUCAAUCACUGUACGGUCACCCCCUGCUUCCCCCUUCCGCUCAAUCAUUGUGUCUACCUCCAUACUCCUCUUUCACCCCUUCUCGAGCUACUGCAGAACUGACAGCGAAGGAUGAACCGGAUGCUGAGGACGAGUACGAAGCUACUGCAGCAGGGGAUGAUGGACUGGGUGACGUACCGUCCACUCAUCCAGGAUGGGACGAAGAGGAUUCUCUAAAGGAUGGGAAAGAAAAGGAGGAAGAUUGGUUGGUGGAUGAUGAUAUCGUUGAUGAUUGGGAUUGA